ACAUCUUCAAUAAACCAACAAAAACAAAACACAAAAAUCACACACAAACCCCUCCAAUGGCUCUCUUCGCCAAAAACUCCCACCGUCUAACCAACCUCGCGUGUACAACACGCGCCGCGGCAGCCUCACUCCACACCACCCGCCCAACCUUAGCCGAAUCCUUCUCAUCACCGGCACCGUACUCCCGACCAGGUCCACCGUCAACGGGAUCACCGGAAGCCGGGCUAUCGAAAACGGCCGAAUUCGUGAUAUCGAAAGUGGAUGAUCUGAUGAACUGGGCGCGUCGUGGAUCGAUAUGGCCGAUGACGUUCGGAUUGGCGUGCUGUGCGGUAGAAAUGAUGCAUACAGGUGCAGCUAGAUAUGAUUUGGAUAGAUUUGGGAUAAUUUUCAGACCUAGCCCUAGACAAUCUGAUUGUAUGAUUGUUGCUGGUACUCUUACUAAUAAGAUGGCCCCUGCUCUCCGCAAGGUAUAUGACCAGAUGCCUGAGCCAAGGUGGGUAAUUUCUAUGGGAAGCUGUGCAAAUGGAGGUGGAUACUACCACUACUCUUAUUCUGUUGUUCGGGGUUGUGAUAGGAUCGUUCCAGUGGACAUUUAUGUUCCUGGUUGCCCACCUACAGCCGAGGCCCUCUUAUACGGUCUUCUCCAGCUUCAGAAGAAGAUCAACAGGCGCAAGGACUUUCUUCACUGGUGGACCAAGUGAGACCCGCAGUCAUGUACUGAGCUGGGCUUUUGGCAUAUAUGCUUUUAUCAAAUAAGUUCUGUUUUUGCUCUUCCUGCAUAUCUUUCCAUGAAGGGAGAGCAAUUAUAUGAUGCCAUAUUGUCUCUGCUCUACUGUUGGAUGGUUUUGUAUGUUUUCGUUAUGUACCAUUAUGGUUUGUUGUUCUUGUCAAGAUUGGGACUGAAUAAGACACCCAAAAAAGCUUGGAUAAAAUUUCUUACAAACUGUCGUUGAUACUAUUUGGUUAUUAGUAGUGAAUUGCUCCUAUCGAGUUUAAGGGAGCCUGAGAUUGCUUUCCCAGGUAUAAAUGUAUUUCAACUGAAGAAUCUCAAGGCAUUGUGCCUGGAAUGACAUGUGUAAGAAGUUGCUCACUCUUUUGUCAAUUAUAAUACAAGACAAUGUACCUUAGAUCU